CUAGCAGGACACCCAUACUUACCACCUGUGGUGAACACUGUCCAUGGCAAAGUCCUGGGGAAGUAUGUCCACUUACAAGGAUUCACACAGCCUGUGGCAGUCUUCCUGGGAGUCCCCUUUGCCAAGCCUCCUCUUGGAUCCCUGAGGUUUGCUCCACCACAGCCUGCAGAGCCCUGGAACUUCAUGAAGAAUGCCACCUCCUACCCUCCUAUGUGUUCCCAAGAUGCAGCUGCAGGUCAGAUGGCCCAUGACUUCCUAAUGAACAAUAAGGGGCAAAUUCAACUCCAGUUUUCUGAAGACUGUCUCUACCUGAAUAUUUAUACUCCUGCAGACUUGAGGAAGAACAGAAAUAGGCUGCCAGUAAGUACAGAGUCCAGUGACUCAGAUUUUUGA